AUGGCGAACGCCAGCUAUUCCGAAUAUCCAUGUCGUUCGAAAGGUACUCGCAAUCGUUGUGACGUUUGUCAGCGUGUCGCGAUUGGUUUACGGUCCUUUUGUAGAUGUAAAAUUACGUCAAUUCGGUGCAGCUGCGACAGCAAAGACAUAUACUGGUGCCAGCACGUCGUUGCCUUAACGUUGUUCAGAAUUCGCCAGCCGGAAUCGGUGGUACUCAGGUUACCCAUUUCAGAGAGUCUGUACCAAAUGAACAGGGACCAGCUGCAGAAGUUCGUACAGUACCUGCUUUCGCAGCAUCAUACAGAGGUGCUGGCGACCGCUCAGCACCUGGCCGACGAAAUCCUCCGUCGCGAUUCAGACAUCAAUUCGAUCAUGGGAGCUCCAGACCCGACUGCCGGAUCGAACGUUAAUGCCGACCAUCGGUGGUUCCUAGACGAAAGCCAGAUCUGCUCCAUGGUCCGCAACUGCAUGUCCCAGGUAUCUUGCUCCGAGCAGCUGCAGUCGCUGUUUGGCAAGGUGCGGGAGAUGCUAAGUCAAGGCGACGCGAACGGACCUCGAAUACUGCGGCUGAUCACCGACCAGUUUUUAGCCAACCAUUGCCUUAGCUCAAUUCGUUCUACCUCAUCUUACCAGUCUCCGCAGUUGUCUGAAAAAUGCCAGCAGCUUUGGGAUCAGCUCGGUGAGUUACCAUUUACUUGCGCUCUGUGGGUGUGCAUUGUGUUGAAUCCGUACUGCAACGCCGAACAGAAAAGCGAAUGGCAGGAAACGCUGAAGCGAUGGGUCAAUACGCUGACGUGUCCUCCGGAAAAUGCCAUCUGUCUAACGAAUCAGCUCUUCUGCGACGAACACGGUACGAUUGUAUAGUU